AUGUCCACAGCAGCAGAAGGGAACCACCGCCCAUCGGAGAUCAAAGAGACCUUCCACCUGAUCAAUGAACCGGCCGACGCUAUCCAUGAAGCGCUGACGGGGCUGACGCAACAUCACCCGUCGCUGUCAUACGCACCGACGCACAAGAUCGUCUACCGCAGCGACCUGGCUGAUUUCCGGAAAGAUCAUGUCACAACGAUUGGCUUCUCUGGCGGCGGACACGAGCCCAUGUUCGGCGGCUUCGUCGGGCCCUCCUUCCUGAGCGCGUACGUGUCGGGCAACAUCUUCGCGUCGCCGACGGCGGCGCAGAUCCUCGAGGCCAUCAAGCUGUGCCAGCCGGACCCGGGCCACCACCCGGGCACGCUCGUCGUGUGCGGCAACUACACGGGCGACAUCCUCAACGCCGGCCUCGCCAUCACGCGCGCCCAGGCCCUCGGCUACAAGGUCGCGUUCGUGCCCGUCGGCGACGACGUCGCGGUGGGCAGGAAGAAGGGCGGCAAGGUCGGGAGGAGGGGCUUGAGCGGGCAUCUGGUCGGGCUGAAGAUUGCGUGCGGGGUUGCGGAGAGGGAGAAAGGGGCGGCGGGGUAUGGGUUGGAUAGGGUGAGGGAGGUGAUGGAGUGGGUGGUGGCGAAUGUUGGCACAAUGGGUGUGGCGUUUGAUCGCGUCUCUCUCCCUACUGGCACUGUGGCUCCGGUCACCCUCCUUCCUCCUGAUACCAUUGAACUCGGCAUGGGCGCCCACGGCGAGCCAGGGCUGCAGCAGCUUUCACCUCCCCCAGAGCCCGCAAAGCUCGUCGCGAGGAUGAUCGACCUAAUCACCAAUACCUCUGAUGAAGAUCGUGCUUUCAUCCCUUUCCCGGACGGCGCCACUCCAGAGAAGCCUCACCGUGUAGUCCUGGCCUUGAAUAGCCUGGGGAGUACAAGCGAUGUCGUUCUAGCUGUUUUUGCAGAGCUUGCAAAGGAGGAACUGGAAAAGAAGAACUGUAUAGUUGAGAGGGUGUUGCUGGGACCGCUCGUGACGAGUUUGAAGAUGAGCGGUGUAGGAAUUACCGUCUGGAGAUUGCCUGGAGAUGAAGAAACGAGUCCACUGAAGAGAGAAGAGGCAUUGGACCUGUGGGAUGGAAAUGUUGAUGUUGUUGCAUGGAGACAGUGA